AUGAGAGGAGUGGAAUGUAAUAGCUGAACGGCGACGGUCACCAGGCUACUAAACCACUGAGCUCGAUCAAAUAAUAACGUAGUCUUCAUUGCAAAAAAUACUAAUGACCCUCUGCGUUGCAAUAUACUCCAGUGCAGUAGGUGGCAAUAUUUAACUACAUAUAGAUUCAAGUCAGCCGUUAAAGCUCUAGAAGAAGAAUCGAAUAAACGUAUCAGGGAUAAGGCGAGUACAGGUGCAAGUUUGGUUACUAGCUAGCAAGCUGCUAAUUUAGCUAGCUAACGUUACUUCCAACAAUCACAGCCACUUUUAGCAGGCAUUCAAUGUCAACUUUCACAAGGAGAUAUGGAACACCCAUGCACUAUUUUGGAGGAUUUGGAACGAUAUGUCGUGAAAGACGCUCCACCAACGGUUUACUACAUUCCAGAUUUCAUAACAGAGGAUGAGGAGGCUCACCUAUUACAACAGGUGUAUAAGGCACCAAAAACUAAAUGGACGCAGUUAUCUAACAGAAGGCUCCAGAACUGGGGUGGGCUGCCUCGUCCGAAAGGGAUGCUUGGAGAGCAGCUUCCUGAUUGGCUCCUGAAGCACUGCGAGAGAAUCUCUGCUCUUGGUGCAUUUGCUGGGAAGACUGCCAAUCAUGUGCUGGUGAACGAAUACAAGCCAGGGGAGGGAAUAAUGCCCCAUGAGGAUGGGCCUCUGUACCACCCCACAGUGACGACCAUCAGCCUGGGCUCCCACACAUUGCUGGACUUCUACAGGCCCAUCAACGCCCAGGAGCUGGAUGAGAUGCCACAGACUGAGGAGAGCCGCUACCUCCUGUCUCUGCUGGUGCGGCCGCGGAGCCUCCUCAUCCUCCAGGACGACAUGUACCAGCGCCUCCUCCACGGCAUCCAGGGGACGCACCACGACUCCCUCACUGAAAGGGUGGCCAACCUGCUCGCUGCCGGGGUCCUGCCAGGGGCCACACUAACCCGAGGCACCAGGGUGUCCCUCACCGUGCGUCAUGUGCCCAAAGUCAUGAGGGCUAAUUUGCUCCUGGGCAGGAAAUGACAACCGAGGAAGUGACAUUUUGAGGACUCUGAGUUCUGUACUUGGGAAAGAAUUGACACCAUGAUACAGACUGACUUGAUUACGUCAUUCAUUGUCUCGAUCCUCUAAAACGUAUGAAUUAUAAUGCCAAGGAAAAGUCUAAAUUGGAUCCUUGGGAUGUCCCAACUCUUGACGUCGUUGGAAGGGUAGGGUUGUUGAGGUGAACGUAUUACCGCCACACCGGCAGUCAUGACUCAUGACUGCAGUAAAAUUUCAGGUGACAACGGUCACGGUAAUCUCCUCUUAUGCGUUCUGGACAUGCGUUGGUAGCAGGGCCUGAAAUGUCUAAUUCACUAGCCACGUCGGCGGGUGGUCAUAGUCAGGGCUCUACAGUGCAAGCAUUAUAUAAAAAUAGUCAAGUCAAGUAUGGGCACAAGUGCGAGUUGUGAUUUAUAGCAAAAUAAAUGCAAUUUUGUUUAAUA